UGAAGCGUCGUUUGAAUUGAAAGCUGCUCGUCUGUGGAACUUAACAAAGGAGAAAACGGGAGUAGUGUCAGUCGCUGGUAUUUUUUCAACCCGUUUUACAAGAACUUUUUGGGGACUGCUAGCGCCUCUCUGGAGUUCUAUAGAGUUCUUCUCCCUGAAUGUUGUCCAUCGCUUACCUGCACAUGGAAACCUGUAGAACUAUGCUUCUUUGUCACUUCGACAGAAAACAUGUUUAUUAGUUUAAAGAGAGCAUGCCUCGCCAUACACCUGCCAGCCGCAGAAAGGGCCAUACCCCUGUCCACCGCCCCCCAGUGCCAGCCCCUAGAACACCUAAGUCAGCAGUUGUCUCCCCGAGGAGAAGUGGACCUUCAUCUGAACCGUCAGGUCGGGCUGUGGGGUCCCCCAAGAAGAGGAGGUUCAGACCAGGAACCAGGGCCCUGAUGGAGAUCCGGAAGUACCAGAAGAGCACUGAUUUUCUCAUUAGGAAGACGUCAUUUGCCCGUCUGGUUCGGGAGGUGUGUCAAGGUUAUUCCAUAACCGCUUUCCGGUGGCAGGUCUAUGCGCUCAUGGCUCUGCAGGAGGCUGCAGAGGCCUUUCUUGUCUUGCUCUUGUCAGAUGCCAACUUGUGUGCCAUCCAUGCCAAGAGAGUCACAGUGUUCCCACGGGACAUCCAGCUGGCCAAGAGGCUCCGUGGGGUUAAUCACAUGUAAAGUCCACACAACAGCUGAGAGAAUUCCAGCAGCAUCUGGAUACUAGUGGCUUGGUCCCCAUUUCAACAUCUUUUUUUGCUGCGUUGAUUCAGUGCCCAGUUGAAAUUUAAAAACUGGUUUUUAGUUGGCUUCGAAAAGCAAAACAGUUUUAAAUCAGAUAUUUUUUUUAACAGUUGGAAAGUGGACACAUUAUUUCUGUAAAGAAAUACAACAGAGAGACUGUUGAUGUGUUUCUUGCUAUUGUGAUUCAGUCAUAGUUCACUGUUUUAAAGGCUUUUACUAAAAGUAUAAUAAUGUGUACAUCUUUAUUGUUCAUCAGAAUAAACUUAUUUCAUCUA